AUGGCCUCUGCUGCGACCCACGACCCAUAUUCCAAAGGCGAGUGGCCUUUUAGUGGUGCCUGGCACAGAAGCCGGACUGAUUACCGUUAUUAUGCAGACACCCUCCCUCGUCUCUCUCUCUCCAUCGACCACCCGCCCUCGACGUCCCCCUUCCCGUCCCCCGGCUCGCCCUUCCUCCCCCCGCCCCGCCUCAGCGCACACGAGUUCGCUCUCCGCACUCCCGUCGCCAGCCCCCACGCACGCGCAAUGGCCUCCGCCUUCAAGCGGCGCGACGACGCCGCCCCGCCGCCGUCGCCGUUGUCCUCGCCGGCCCCCAUGUCCGACGACGACGCCACGCCCACCACCGCCUCCAUGAAAACCACCUUUCCCCGCCCUGGCGCAUCCCCGCCCCCCACGCCGACCGGCAACGGCGACCCUGCCGCCCCCGCGCCGUCCACGCCCACCAUCACCAUCCCCGAGCCCUCCUCCCCCGGCCUGGGCGAGCACACGCACACGCCCGCCGUCCGCAACUCGCUCACCUCCUCGCGGCCCGCGCCCCCCAGCCCCGCCGUCUCCCGGCGCACCUCGACGGCGCUCUCCCGCCGUUCUUCCGCCGCACGCUCGCGCCGCCAGUCCAAGGCGCCGUCCGUCCAGCCCGACGCCGAGCCGUCCGCAUCGACGUCGGCGCCCGGCACGCCGCAGCCCAAGCGGCGCUCGCUGCUCGUCAAGAUCCGCGACUUUGCGUUCCCGGCGUCCGACGCGCGGCACGUCGGGCGCGGCGCGGACGUCCCGAAGCCCAACCGCCCGCGCCCGCGCUCGAGCGCGUCCUCGUCGGGCGCGAGCGACGCCGCGGACGACGACGACGACGAGGCGCGCGGCGGCUGGGGCUCCUUCCGCUGGAACACGCUGAGCAGCCACUUCUCGUGGGGCCCGAAUAUCGGCGCCAUGCCGUCCACGAGCAGCGGGCCGUCCCGCACGGACUUUGAGCGCAACUUUGACGUGUCGUCGCCGAUGGAGGAGAGCGCGGAUCCGUACGCGGACGAGGACGCGGACGACGAAGAGGACGACGGCGCCUAUGAGGGCGCGGAGGACGCGUACCCGGCGGAGGAUGCGCCCCUGGUGCCCGGUCUAUAUCGCGCGAUGUUCGCGUUCGAGCCAGAGGGCACGGCAGAGAUGGCGCUGGAGGAGGAGCAGGCCGUGCGGGUCGUCGGGCGUGGCGGGGGCGUUGGCUGGGCGGUGGUGGAAAAAGAGGGCGGGGGACACGCACUGGUGCCCGAGAGCUAUCUAGAGCUGGUGCAGGCGGACCCGUGA